AUGUCUCUAGAACUAUUCAAGGGAAGAAUUCAGGAAUUCAACAAAACAACCAGACGAACAAGUGAUGCACGACGACUACAAUUUGUUUUCGGAGGUAAUAAAAUGCAAACGCCUUUUUACAUAUUUCUUACGAUGGUUGGAACGUGUAUGUUGGCGGUGGCUGUUUAUAUUGCGAUUUUGACGAUAUUUCAAGAGAUGCAAAAUAUAGAUAUUUUCGAAAAACUAAAAGAAUUUAAUCGAACUGAUAAUCCGAAUCUGGUAAAUUGGCGAGUUGAAGUAAAUCUAAAGAUGCCGGUAUUUUGGAACAUUCUUAAUAUUCACGAAAAGAUACUGAUAUUGGAGAUGUUAUCCUCCGAGUCAACUAUCACACUAGUAAUGGAUUCCCCAGAGAUGGUGAAUGUUUAA